AUAGGCCCCGGCCAGGACAAUCCAACGACGUGCAUUUGUCUUGGGAAUUUUGUCGAACAGCUUGCGUGCAUCAUUUAUCUGUUUGCAUUCAGCGUAGAAAGUGAUGAGCUUUGCUGCGAAAUGGGUUCGACGGGCCAACCCAUUGAUGAUCAGGCGCGCGUGCAACGCUUUCCCCGAUCCCAAGUCGCCGCUGCGAGCAUAUUUUCCGAUGAACUCUGUCGGCGGCAAGAAGAAGCACGAAAAUCAUGUCCCCGGUGAAACCAACUCCACGCGGCCGGCAUGGGGUGCAAACUUAGAAGAGAACGAAUACGAAAACGAAGACGAAUAUGAUGAAUAUGAUGAAGAAGAUGAUGAUGAUGAUGAUGAUGUGGUAGAGGAUGAAGAUCCCGAGUAUCUUGGAGCUCCUAUGUAUGAAUCGGAACUGGCGCCGGAAGACUACAAAGAGACGGCACGGCAACACCCCCGCGCCGAUCCUCUGUUUUCAGAGAAGAGCGUUUUCCCGCUCCAAGCAGCCACAAAACCCGGGAACGAAAAAGAGGCCGGAGAAGAAAGGUCCAAUGCGACAGAACCCCAGCCGUCGUCGUCUUCCAUCGACUCCAAGUUUUCCGGCCUGACGGUGGCGGCUACCGCCGCAAAGACAGAGGAGAAAGACAAAGAAGGCAUUAGCAGCCCGACAAGAUGGGACAAAGGGGUAUCUGUGAAGGAGUACUUGAUGAACAAGCUUGAGCCCGGGGAGGACGAAAGGGAGCUCUCCAAGGUCAUCUCUGAGGCCAUGAGUCCCAGAACCAGAGCUCCCGGAGACAGGGGAGUGGUCGAGAAAGUGAAGGACGCGGUUUCUUCCUUCCUCCGCCCCCAACCGCCGCCUAUAAACCAGUUUCUCUCCAGAGUCGCCGCCGCCACCAACCACACGGAGGUGUCGCCGUCGCAGGGCUCUGUUUCCGCCACCAACGGAAACUCCUCUCCCCUCAUUCCCGUCUCUACCAAUGCCCAUGAAGUGGUUGAAGAAGAGAGUGAGGGAAGGACACUUCAAACAAACUGAUCAAUCAAAGGCAGAGGAGUCUUUGGGCAAAGCUAUGGAUAAUGGAAUUCUUUCCUUUUUGUAUUCUACCCAUUCUCUAAAUAGGGCUCAUUGUAUUUUUAUUUUUUUUUCCUUUUGGUUAGUUUGGAUUCCCAAAAUUAACGGCUCUUUUUGGUUUUACCAUUUUGUUGGGGAGGGAUGAACUUAGAGCAUUAAAAAACAGGUUGGUAA